GUUAAACAAGAAAGAAACAAAAGGCAUUGGUACCCACACUCUCAUCUCUAUGUUCACCGUCUGAAGGAGCGUGAAAAAUAAAAAAUGAAAAAAAAUGACUUCAAGAGUUGAAAAUAAUUAGAAUUUAUGAAACAUUUUCCAAACAUGCUUGUGAACUCAUCGUUACUCUGCAAUAUAAAUAGUGCAAAUGUUGCUUAAAAGAUGAAAUAAAGAUACCUUAAUUCUUAAAAUAUACUUCCUUUAAAAUACUACUGGGAUUUUUUCAUGAAAAAGGAAUUUCUUAAUAUAGCGGGAUGAUGUAUAUGAAGCGAGCGAAUAAAUGGAUAUUAUUAAACCAGGCCAGGAGAUGGGACACACACGGGUACACCUAUGUAAUUUUCAACAUAGAGAGUUCAUUCAUCCGACCCCUCACAAUUUGAAAGCAUGAUACAUUUAACCUCAUAAAAAGUAAGCAACUUAAACUUGAAAGAAGACGUGUUGCAUUGAUCACGUGACCUUGUCUGCCCUGCACAAUACAAGAAGUGGUUGCCGACCCAAGUCCGCCCGCACUAACAUUGUGUCAGAACGGUGGCGGGAUGUUCAUGUGAGAAGCACACUUGCUUGAAUAAGACCCUGGGAACCUACAUCUUUCUCCUUCUUGGUUUAAGGUUUCAUAGGACAUCAGGAAAGACACAAUGGCCAUUGAGGGCAAACAGAAGUCAACAGAUGGCCAUCCAUGGCUGGUCUACAUCUCAACAAUAUUUGCAUCUGUUCUGGCUCUUCUUCUAGGCUAUACUCUCGGUAUCAUCUCGGGGGCCAUGCUUCUCCUUGUUGACACGUUUCAACUCGAUACAUUGUGGCAGCAGCUCAUGGCCACAUUCGGCACAGUAGGAUGUGCAUUAGCACUUCUUCCUGCUGGCUACCUGGUCCAGCUUUUGGGAAGGAAGAGGAUGAUCAUUGGAUCAAAUACGUUGACUUGUAUUGGCGCCAUCGUAUCAGCAGCAGCACCAACGAAAGAGGUGGUUCUUGUUGGACGUUUAUUGGCUGGAAUGGGAGCAGGAACUAUAUCCCUCGUCGUGCCAAUGUACAUAUCGGAAUGUGCCCCCGUGGACAUCAGAGGGCGUCUGGGUAGUCUCACACAGGUCCUGAUUUCAAUUGGGGUGUUUCUGUCAUCAGUCGGGGCAGGCGCUCUCAGUGGACUAGGGGAAGCAGGAUGGAGGUGGAUGUUUGCAUGUCCCUGUGCUCUUGGCGUUGUGCUUUUUGUUGGAAGUCUCUUCCUCCCGGAGACUCCUCGGUGGUAUAUGGACAGAGGAAGAGAGGAAGAAGCUGUUUCUGUCCUCAAGCGACUGAGAAAUAACCCGGAUGAAAUCCAAAUAGAACUCAACGACAUAAGAAGAACUGUUGCGGAAGGGAAACGACUGAAACAUGAUAAAGAACAUGGUUCCUCUUUGAUUGGGAGGAUACUAACAACGCCUCCAGUCCGAAGAGCUCUGUUCCUGUCCAUGGUCUUGGCGAUGAUAACACAGGUGACAGGGGCGGCUCCCGUUAUGUACUACACGGGAACUAUACUCAAAAGAGGGGGGUUCGCAGUCACAGAUGCAAUAUGGAUGACAGCAAUACCAACUGCACUGCAGGCUGCAACAGCCUUCAUCAGCACGUGCUUGGUGGAGAGGAUGGGACGCAAACUUCUGUUUCUUGGCUCACAGAUAGGUCUGUUAAUUUCCUUGGUCAUUCUCGGACUUGGCUUCUUCCUCUCCUCGACUCAUUCCCCCGUCGUUAGUGAUGACAUUCAGAGUACCAUCAAUAACGCUACAACAGCUUCCAUGUGUAAUUUAAGAACAUGUGAGCAAUGCAUCGAGUCUUCACAAUGCGGCUUCUGCUACGACGUUCUCUCAAGAGCCACGUGUGUACCCGUGUCGGUAAACGGCAGUGCUACAACAGGGAGAUGUUCUUCCGCCAGCUCUUUUAACAGUUCAGACUUUACCCUGGUGACGCAAGCUUGUCCCAGUGACUAUAAAUGGAUUCCAGUGAUUGGGUCCUCCCUAUACUUGGCUGUAUUUAGUAGCGGUGUUGGCGUGAUCUUUGUUUUUAUAUCUGAAGUAUUUCCUCUCUGGGCACGCGGCACAUGCAGUUCAAUAGCUACUUCAGUUCUCUGGAUAUCCCAGAUAGUAGUGACCAUGACUUUCUUGUCACUUGCUGAAGCCAUCACUGCCCAUGGUAUCUUCUGGCUGUAUGCGGGAUGCACUUUGCUUGCUGCAAUUUUCAUCUUUAUAUUCAUGCCGGAAACACGAGGGCUACGAUUGGAGGAGGUUAAUCAACUGUUCCUGACAGGUGAUGAGAAGAUUGCUUUGGGCAAAGCAGAAGUAGACAGUUUUUCGAAUAGUUAAACUAAUUAUCGCCCGCAACGCCUUGUUACAACCCUCCUUUUUGAGGAUUUAUCAUUCUUAUUCAUUGAAGCAACAGGUGAAGACUUCAACUAUAUGCUAUAUAGAGGAAGUAACCUUUGGGGAUGAUAUAAGCUGCGGACAUUACUGCACAGGCGGUCAAUUUAUAUUUCUUUGCUAUCCAACAUUAUCACUCUGACUGUCAUUUUAGAUUUCUUUGCUAUCCAACAUUAUUACACUGGCAGUCAUUUUAGAUUUCUUUGCUAUCCAACAUUAUCACGCUGACUGUCAUUUUAUAUUUCUUUGCUAUUCAACAUUAUUACACUGGCAGUCAUUUUAGAUUUCUUUGCUAUCCAACAUUAUCACUCUGACUGUCAUUUUAUAUUUCUUUGCUAUCCAACAUUAUCACUCUGACUGUCAUUUUAGAUUUCUUUGCUAUCCAACAUUAUCACACUGGCAGUCAUUUUAGAUUUCUUUGCUAUUCAACAUUAUUACACUGGCAGUCAUUUUAGAUUUCUUUGCCAUACAACAUAAUCACACUGGCAGUCAUUUUAGAUUUCUUUGCUAUUCAACAUUAUUACACUGGCAGUCAUUUUAGAUUUCUUUGCUAUACAACAUAAUCACACAGGCAGUCAUUUUAGAUUUCUUUGCUGUACAACAUUAUCACACUGGCAAUCAUUUUAGAUUUCUUUGCUA